AUAAUAUCUUUAAUCGUGUUUCUAUCCACCUUGGUAGUUGGUUCUACCAUAAAAUCAAAUUUCAUUCUAAGUUUUUUAAAUCUGUCGAUGAAAAAUAAUUUAUAUAAAAUAAUAUGCUUGAGUAAUAAAUUAAUAAUUAAAUGGUAGUACAACUUCUAUAACAAUACACAAUUAAUACAGAUUCGCAAAAGACAAAUCAUGGAAGUUGAAACAUUGUCCUCUAAGUUAAAAGACAAACGUCCACCUGUUCAAAUAAUCCAACAUAAAUCUAAAAAACGAAUAAGCAAAAUUCAGAAAACCAAUUAUCUGAAGUCUGAUACUUUAAAUUCAAAAACGGAUGAAAAAGUUAAUCUGAGGAAAUUACAAAAUGAAAUAUUUAAAUUUACCACUCACUUUGAUGCAAGAAAUACCAAAGCAAAAGAACAACUUGCUAUUAAAUUGGGGGCAAAACCUAGAAAAAAAGAUAAUUUAAAUUAUAAGCAAUUAAAAGAAAAAUUAAAACAAGAUGCUGAAGCGAAAAAAAUCAAGAAGAACUUUUUAAAUUGCCUAAAACAAUGGUGAGGACUUCAAAAAAUAAUAACAAAAGAUUAAAUGUAAAAAAAAAUAAACAAUCUAAUGAUAUUAUUAAAAAUUAUGGAACAAUAAAAAAUAAAAA